AUGGGUAUGGCGAGAGCAUAUCUGGAUGAAGAAGGUAUACACAGACCACCGAGAUCGCAUGCUGGAAUGAGGGGCACAGAAGAGUGGAGCAGUCUCAACGCAGAGAUUGGCAGGGACCAGGGAAGAGUGGACGAUCUGUGGGGAUAUCUUUAUUGCCUGAAUGAGUGGGUCAACUGCAGAAGUCAGAAACCGCAAGUAUGGUCGGCAUACGAUCGUGAGCCUAAUAUUCGGCAAUGGAUGAAGUCGCCAUUUUUCUCAGCUAGAAUGGUCCUCAACAACUGCCCAUUCUCCUUCUUCAAAAUUGGGUUCUAUCUUCGAUAUCUUGGCCGAGACGACACACCCGACUAUUUUUACAUAGCAUCGCUCUUACACGAAGCAAGCAGAGCUGUGAAAAGAAGGCAAAAGCCGGAGCCAGCCAACAUAGAGAAGAAUAUCGCAGAAAUCCAUCUGCAGGAAAGAGAAUUCUUUUAA